GCGCUCGAAGAAAUUGGCUGUAUUAAACCAAGUUCAUAAGGACGUUAAAAAGUGCCAAAUAGAUUUUAAAAGGAUCAUUAAUCGUAAAUUUGUUUAUCAAUACUGGUCGUCGACUUUUCCGGGAGGUUUGGUGACGUCAAAGUAAUUUAUCGUGGUCCAGGCAAUACUCACUUUUACCAAGAGGAAGCUUCUGUCAGCUGCAGGUGAUAAAAAAGAAUACAUUUUCAGUUUCCUCCUGUGAGUUCAUAUAUUAUAGAAAGCAUAUGGUAAGCUCUCAAUAAUGUCUGCUAAUUCUGAUGAUUCUAUGUCAACAUCAGAUUAUGAAUGUGAAGUUUGCAUGAAGCAAUUUUCCACGCCACAAAUGCUUAAGCGACAUAAAAAAAUGCACUAUCAACACCAGUGUGACGUCUGCAAGAAGAAACUAUCACAUGCAAAGAGCUUAAAAAAACACAUGAUUGUGCACACUGGAGAGAAACCUUAUCAAUGUGAUGUUUGUAAGAAAUGGUUUGCAAGACUUCAUAACCUAGAAGGGCAUAAAAGAACGCAUACUGGUGAAAAACCUUUUGAAUGUGAUGUUUGCCAGCAAAGAUUUGCCUCGCGAAACAUCCUGACUGACCAUAAAAGAUGGCACACCGGCGAAAAACCUUUUGAAUGUGAAACUUGUAAAAAUCGAUUUACAACAUCAAGUCAAUUAAUUGUGCAUAAAAGAGUGCACACUGGUGAAAAACCUUACGAAUGCAGUUUGUGCCCGUUCAAAUGUGCUUCUGGAAGUGGUUUGAUAGCGCAUAAACAAAUACACACACAAGACAGACCUUAUGAAUGUGAUGUUUGUAAGAAGAGGUUCAGAGAUUCGUUCAAAUUGAAGGGCCAUAAAACGACACACACUGGAGAAAGGUUACAUGAAUGUGAUGUUUGUCACAAGAAAUUUGCAGCCAGGAGAACCCUACGAGUUCAUAUACUAAUACAUUCCGGGGAAAGACCAUAUGAAUGUGAUGUUUGCCUGAAAAGAUUCACACAAUCUGGUGUUUUAACAUCCCACAAAAAGAGUCAUUCCGAAGAAAGAGCGUUCGAAUGUGACGUUUGUGGCAAAAAAUUUAUUCUGUUAACUCAUUUAAAAAGACACAAACUAACUCAUUCAGAAAACAAACCAUAUAAAUGCGACGUUUGUCAAAAGAGUUUCAAAAGGUCUGAUACCCUUGCUGCUCAUAAACGAGUACACACCGGAGAAAAACCCUAUGAAUGUGAUAUUUGCCAGAAGAGGUUCGCGACAAUUUCCACUUUGAUGUCGCAUAAGAGAACGCACACUGGCGAAAAACGUUAUGGUUGUGAUAUGUGUAGUUACAGGUGCUUCGAAAAAGCCCGUUUGAGAAACCACAAAAAAAUUCAUACAUGUGAUGUUUGCUCGAAAGUAUAUAAAAACACUAGAACCCUAGCGAAACAUAAAAAAACGCAUACUGUUAGUGACAUUACGGUGGGCACCUCGCACAAAUGCGACAUUUGCGAGAAAGGGUUCCGAACCUCGUGCGGGUUAAGGUGUCAUAAAAGAACACACGUUGGGAAAAGAUCUUAUGCGUGUGAUGCUUGUGGGAAGAAAUUCUCGUUGGCAGCGAACUUGUCGAGGCAUCGAAAGAUGCAUGCAAGAGAAAAACGAUUCGAGUGUGAUUUCUGCGAAGCGAAGUUUUCGUUUAAGCAUAACCUCCGUAAGCACAAAAAGAUGCAUCUUUCGUGCAGCAUUUGUGGCAGAAAGAUUGCCAAGCCAGAAGAUUUGGGGAAAUCUUUAGUGGGGGAGUUAAGCAAUAAAACGCGUUAUCAAUGCGGUAUUUGCGGCAAGCUGUAUGGCACAUUCGGAAAAUUCCUUAGACACCUCGCAAGAGAAUGUGGAAACACGAGACUCACAUGCGCCGUUUGUCAGGAAGUGGAAUUCACAAAAUCCACUCCUACUGGUGUCCGUUGGGCUUGUUCGAUCUGUGAUAUUGUGUUUGAUUUCCCUGAUGACCUAGAAAGUCAUAUGGCGAUCCACAAAAAAAUUAAAACUGAGUGCGAUUGUGAUUGUUGAAUUGAAUUGUGCGAAGUCCUUGUGUGAAUCUAGCAUUACUGACUGCUAGGGACAUUGUUUGCGAAGAGACCAGAAUUGUCCCGGCUACACCUCAUCUUGGAGACUCCUUUGAAAUAUUCCAUUCAUAAACAACUUCCUUAGCUUUAUAUUAUAUUUCAAUUUAACUAUUACAUUUUUUGGGUGUUCUGGGGCCGGUUUUAUGAAAGCUGGAUAGUGAUUUUCUCAAAUGUUCUAAAAAUGCUUGAAAAGCAAUAAAAUUUCAGCGUUGCCGUUGGA